CCAAUUAAUUUAGCAGAAACUCCGCUAUCUCAUAUUAGCCUAUAUUAUCAUAGGAGAUUUUUCUCUAUGUAUAUUAAAGAUUCUAGCUACGCUUAUACUUGGUGCGAGACACUACCGUGUCUCGUGAUAUGUGUAUAUGUUCAUGGCUGAAAGUUUAAGGAUCCGUAUUUAAAGACCAAAAAAAAAACGAUGUUCAGAUAAAAGUGCAUGUCCGGGCAUUGGCACUUUUACCUUACAAAUGUUUUAGCAUCUUAUACAUUUGCGUGCGGAAUGUAGGUACUCCGGAUAUACGAAACAGUAGGAGCGUAUUUAAAGAAACACAUACUCACACGCUAGAUGCGUAUGCAAUGAUGCUUUUGUGCUAUUGCUGUUUGUCUUUGUAAGAGAUUUUUCUUUAUAUGCGCCGCGUGAAACGUGCAUAUAGACCUAUUUCUCUAUCGCAAAAUUUUGAAAGGAAAAGACGUUACAUCGGUACUGUUUCUUUUAAACGAUUACAUGAUCGCGCCAAGCGGUCUCUUAGCGGUCAUAGCAAGUUUCGCGCUCCCUUAUCUUCGCUCUUAUAUGUUAUUUGUACACAUCGCUUUGAAUACAUGUCGCUGGUUACACAUCCUGGAGGUCGGGAACGACUGCUGCAGAAAAAUGCGGUACCUUCCACUACUAUUUCUAAUGGUUUCAAUACAGACAUCUGUCGCGGUAUCUGGCGAACAGAAACUCGCGGAGUGCAAGGAGCAGUCGGUAUAUGGAGAGGAGUAUUGUAAGUACAGAACGGAGGUACUUAAGAUUCUCGAUGCUGACCCGACAUACGUUGCAGGAUUGAAAACAGCUCGUCCAAACGAUUUUCUUACCGGCAGGCUGGCGUACGAGUUUGUCCCUGUGGUGCAGAAAGCUCAAUUUAAACUUGACAUAAUUAAACGAGCGGUUUUGUCCAGACUGCAACAUAUCGCUGCCACUGAACCUUUUUCUAUGGAUGUCGACAUUAUGGCAGAAUAUUUGGAUCUCUCUUAUAAGGAAGUGUUUCAGAUGAAGGAUCUGGAGAAAUUGUUCGUCACGAUGGCAACAGACAUAGUUGAGGGAAAACGACGCGAGCAAAUUGAAAAAGAAGAGUUGGAAAAAAAGGCCCAGGAGGAGAUAAAGAUAAACGAAGAUCCCGGUUUUCUGGUGGUGGAGAACAAGAGCGAAUACGAAAACGUAAAAGAGUCGAAGCAGGAGCCCGAGGAUCACGAACACUCGUAUCCUGAGAAACAACAACCAGAUGAAGUGAGGGAUAAGAAAAGUUUGGAAAGGAAGGAAAGUCGAGAACGUGCUCCCGAGACAUUCUUUAAAAAUCAUGAUUCGAAUAACGAUGGCUUUUUUGAUGAAAGCGAGAUAAGGUUGAAACUCUGUAAUUCAGCGGCUGGAUUUGUCGGUUUAGACUGUAAGAAAUGUGAAGAACUAGAAAAGAUGAAACAAAAAGCGCUUGAAAAAAUGGAUCUUAAUCAGGAUGGUCGCGUAAGUCUUGAAGAAUAUAAAAAAAUUGCGAACCAAGGAUAUGUUGAUGUAAUUGAUGCAGAGAAGAGUUCGCCUGGCGCUCGACUUCAAUCUCUGCCUGACGAUGUAUCUGUGCCUACGCAUGACUCUGUCGUUAGGCACUCACACAAAAAGUUGUAGAAAAUGAUGGCUAAAGAAACGUUACAGCAACAACACGAGUUUCAGUAUCAUUAGCAACAAGUGGAGCCUUCGAUCAUCGGCCAUAUUUCACAAGAAUAAGCCUUAAUUUAUUAUAUAAUAUAUUGUUUUAAAUUAUCUUGUAGCUCAUGGAAUUUAUUUAGCAAAUUAUUAGUUUGAUGUUAUUUAUCAUUAUUUUUGGGAAAUUAUUUAUUACUUAUUAUUUAUUUACUUGAUAUUCGAACACACAAUUGCAGGUAUAUUGUAUGAAAUGUCUCAUUACUAAAUAAAUGCUUUCCGAGCAUGUAGUGCUCGUUAGAACUUUAUGUUA